AUGAGAGGGGACACACACGUAUGGAUGUGGACAUGCAGUUGCACCAUCCAGUUGAGCGAACAGAGCACGAAUGAGGGGGUGAGAACAAGGGUGAAGGGUGGACAAACGUACUGGCGAACUAGCCAGCAGACACGGCAGAAGAGCAACGAGCGGGCAGAAGAUCAACGAGCGAGCGGGCGGAAGGGUGACAAGUGGGUGGACAGGCACAAGAGCCGGUGGACAGGCACAAGAGCCGGUGGACAGGCACAAGAGCCAGUGGACAGGCACAAGAGCCUGUGGACAGGCACAAGAGCCGGUGGACAGGCUCAAGAGUGGGCGGGCGAGCAUAAGAGGUGUAAACAAGUGAUUGGGCAGAAGAGGGGGAGACUGAGAGCAGUCAGACGAGCGAUCAUCGUCCAGUGCAUGCCUACAGGGCUUAUGUUGCCAGUUGUCAUCGUCUCUGUACAAAGAUCAUUGGUGUCUUGGAUCGCGGGGGCAGUCUGCGGAGUCAAUGUCACAAGCAGGGCACGCACCUUUGCUGGCCGCGAAGUCCCUUCUUCAUGA